GUGUUUUUUUUCCCCCUGUGUUGUUGUCACAGGAGGAACAAUGUUGUUGUUGCUCGCUGUUCGGAUUUUGUGUGAACAGUCUGGAGUUUAAACCGAAAAGUCACAAUGUGCCACUGUCCGCCUUUUAAACCUCAACACAGUACUCUCAUGUAGCCGAAACGCGUGGAGAAUAAAGCAUGGAGGUGGUGGACAGUCCUGUAAAUCUCGCCCAUCAGCAGUGCAGGAAGGCAGACCGCUUGCUUGCUGCUGGGAAAUAUGAAGAGGCUAUCUCUUGCCACAGAAAAGCUGCAGAACUGCUGAAGGAGGCCAUGAAACUCACAGAGUGUGAACAGGCUCGGCUGUCUUUAGAGCUGCAGCGAGACAGCCACGUGAAGCAGCAGAGGUUGAUCGAGGAGCGGUGGAAGCGCGCGAGGCGAGAAAACAAGCCCCGCGGCCUUCAAGCGCUCCCUCGCUCAUCCUCGGAGUCGGCGCCUCAUGCUCAGCUGAGCUCCUCCUCCUCCUGCCCCGAGCGCGAGUACGACACCUGGCUGUACCUGCUGAGAAACAGAGGCUCUCCCGGCGCGCCGCCCGAGCCGACCUCAGGCACCAAGGCCCGCAAAGACGACAAGACACGCCUGGAGGAGCAGCGCACCACCAUCGAGGACCUGCGUCAGCUGCUGGAGCGCCUGUUAGCAGAGAACGAGCGGCUGACGCGGGAAAAUGAACGGCUACGCCAGGAAAACGUGCGCCUGCGCAGGGAGAGCGACGCCGAUGCCCAUCUGGUGGAGAGCUCGGAGCUGUGGCUCCUGCCUUCAGCACCUGACCAGCGCAAACCUGCAGGCAUCACCAUCCCACACCUGCCCCCGCUCGAGAUGCCCCCUCACGAGAUCCCGCUGGAGGAGCUGCCUGCGCUCGAGCUGCCUGAAGACAUCCAGCAUGAGCUGCUGGAGCUGCUGGAUGGAGAGAAGCUGUGAGCAAACUCACGCCCACCAAAGGGAAAAAGAAACAUCGGCAUCAGCGCGGUCACGCCACUCAGGUCUCUGACCGCGGUCUCGGUGGCAUGAACGGCUCGUUCUUAAGAGUCCGAUGCUAAAAUUUUUUUAUUUCUGCGUUUCUCUAACGAUCCUAGGUACUGCAGCUAUUUGAUACAAAAAAAGGACUUUUGCAGGUCUUGUGCCUUUUUUGCGUAUUUCCAUUGUGUGAUUAAGUCUAAUGAGGAAAAUAUCUCAUGGUGGAAGCCAUGAUCAUCUGACUAGCUCCGAGAGCGCACGACUCAGUCGUUUUGGGAAAAUAUCAAAGCCUGGUCUUUAUCAGGAGGAGACCCGGGUGUCUCGAAGAACCCACUUUAUCCUAAACACGGACACGGACAGCAAGCACUGUGAACUCUGUGUGUGUGUGUGAGCGAGAGAUCAUGCAUGUGUUUGCGUGGCUUCUUGAUUUUUUUUGUUAGACAUGCUGUCAUGAAGGCAUGCCGGAAAGCACGAACACGCAGCUUCACUGCCUCGGAUUGUGUCCCGUCAUUUCUGCUGUCUCCUGACUCGGCGCUGUAAGAGAUGCAGAUCUAACCGGCUUACACCGUAACCCAAUGCGAGAUGAUCAGAAACCUGUGUGUCCUGUCAUGAUGUCAGAGCUUUGAACAGUUCCUGUGGCCCUGAGUAAGACUGAACCACAAAACCAGCCACCGACUCAACAAGCAAUAACACAUGCUACAGUUUCCACUGUGUUUUUGUUUUUGUUUGUUUUCCUCCCCUCUUUUAUUUGUUUCUGCAGUCCUCGAUUUUUCUGCACGGGAGCCUCAGAUCCAAAUGCAUAUCUCAAUGGAAGAAUCUCAGACCUUUCCCAAUCAAGUCAGCUUAAUGUUUGUUUAAUGAUUUAUUUGUUUGUUUGUUUGUUUCUCAGAUGUCGUACUGUAAUCAAGCAAGCGAUCACACAGUUAAUAUUUUUCAGGUAAAUGUGUGAUUUUUUUUUUUUUUUCUUUUUUUUUUUUUUACGUUGAAUAUGCAGGAAUACUUCUUGAAUAUCCGUACACAAUCAUACAGGAUAUGAAAAUAAGUCGGCUUUACGUUAUUAAAACCGUCACACUAAUCCUGAGCAAAUCCACUCGUGCCACACGUGAAAGGAAAAACAAACAAACAAGCCGAACGCUUUUUAACGGGAUGUAGAGACACGUGUGUGUCUCACGAAGAGGGAACCAAAUCAUUGUUUUAAUUUAACGUUUAAAUGUAUAAUUAUUGUUUUUGCAGAUGUAAUCCGGGUGCAUCUGAACCUGUUCACUUCGGGGUGUGUGUGUGUGUGUGUGUGUGUGUGUGUGUGUGUGUGUGUGAGAGAGAGGAGAGAGAGGGAGAGUGUGAAAGUGUAACAUUUUGUUGGUGCAUGAAUGGCUGUCGUAGCUCUAAAGUGUGCGAUUGUUCAGAUCUUAUUAUAAAGAAGGAUUUAUGUUACAGUUUGCUUGUUUAAUCAGAUUUUGUGUUUUGUAUAAUGACAUUCAAGAGUGAGAAUUAAAGAAAUAAUGUAGA